CCCCCUUCUGCAUUCGUGACCACCAAAAUUAGACGGGCCCAGUCAACGAGAAACGACUAUUGUUUUACGCAUUUCGAAAUCGCGCCCAUCGUCUAUCGAGCUCGCGGUUUAUUGGAUCACUGCUUUGUCCGCGCGGAUGUUUCUCCCCACGCUCUGAGGCCACAAUCCGAUCUGCGUUGCUCCGCAGCCUUUGCAUCGCUGGAAAGACCUGCGCUUAUAAAUUUGUUUCCAUCGUGAAGAAGGACGUUUCAAUCAUCGGAAUUCGCGCCCAAAGGUAUUGCGACGUCGUCAUUUCCUCCUUUCUCUUUAGCUACUGGCUCUAUUUAUGAUUGCAUUAUUCACUAUUCCUUACUCCCUUUAUUCACUCGCUCUUUCGUCCCGGUCGUGUUACCAUGAAUAUUGUAUUUUUUUCGACGCCAUCCUUGGCUAACUUUUUCGUCACGCUCCUGCCAACGAUUUUCGGAGGAUAGCACUUUUAGGGAAUCUCAUUCAUCGCCUUCCGCCUUUGCGCCCAACGUCUUCCAGUUCCAGUCAAUGAAAAGAAUAUAAACGAAUAAGAACAGCGACACACUCGCGAGAAGGGAAAGUCCUGAUCUGUUCGGGUGGAAUCCUUCUGGUUCCGUCCACUGUUCUCGCGCUGCUCGCGGCACAAUGGCCGGUCCGCCGAACCCAUUCGCUGGCCUGAACCAGAAAGAUGGUACGACGGGAACAGCAGGUCGUGGACGUGGCGGAUCACUUGGACGGUCAGCACCUUAUCAAGCCAAGAAUACAAAUGCACCCCGGGAUCCUAGGGCCCGAGGCCGCGGACGCGGAGCACCGACGGCUCCAAGAGCUACCCAUGGCCAUGGUCGAGGAGGUGGUACUGCAGGAAAUACCUGGCGCAAACCUGAAUCGAACAACGGACCAACCGGACAAUCAGCGUCGCCUUUCGCUCAAUUGAAACAAAAUCAGUCCCCGUCGUCGCCCUUCGCUGAGAAGUCUGCCCCGCAAAAGCCUUCGUUCUCUGGGUUUGGGAAAGCGCCGUCGUUUGGGGCCCCUUCCUCUUUCGAUGGGACUCGGGUCGACUCAAGUCGCGACCCCCGGAAGCGGACUUCCUUAUUCAAGCAAAACGGCGUAACUUUAUCCGAUGUACCUGUCGAAGAUAUGACUGUUUUGAACAACUACAACGAUCGUUAUGAACAGCUCAAGCUUGAUAGGGCUAAAGAGAGAGAGAAAGCGAUCAAGGAAGGACAGAUGGCGGAUCCAAACCAACCAACCUCGUUGAACCAAGCUAUCACACCUGUCGGAACAUGCACCAGCAUGUGCCCUGAAUUUGAACGGGUUGAGCGCAUUGUUCAGAAGAUGGUUGACAAAAGUGAAAAGUUUCUUCAUCCCUCAACCAACUCAUUACAAAACCUGGAAACAAAGAUGCUCAAACGUUUCCGAAGGUCGGCCGCUGGGUACGAUGAACAACUUCCAUCGGAUAUCCGAACACCCAAGACGCUUCUUCAGACUAUGAACUACUUAAUACGUCAUGUACUCGGUGGACCCGAACCCCUGGGCCUGAUUCAUAAAUUUGUAUGGGAUCGAACUCGAUCGAUCCGCAAUGACUUCUCAGUUCAACAAGUCACUCAGGAAGACCAUGUGAAGAUCGCAGUUACUUGCCUCGAAAGGAUUGCCCGUUUCCACAUUGCAUCACUCCAUUUGCUCUCUAGUCCUGCUAAUGACGAGCCCUUUGAUCGUCACCAGGAACGUGAACAACUGAAUAAUACAAUGUUGUCGCUGAUGUACUACUACGAUGAUAAUCGGGGUCGCAUCUCAUUUCCAAACGAAGACGAAUUCCGCGCGUACUAUAUCAUCUUUUCUAUCCUCGAUCAACGACCCGAUCUAGAAGCGCGUGUUCAGAAAUGGCCGGCCGAGCUACGCAAUUCUCCUCGGGUUCAGUUGGCGCUGGAACUUCUAGCCGCUGCUGGUAAUGCGUGGGAAUAUCAGGGAACUCUAGACGCUAGAAGAGCAAAUGCAAUUGCACAGGGCUUUUAUGAGCGCUUUUUCAGCCUGGUGGACUCUCCAGCAGUUUCCUAUUUGAUGGCAUGUGUUGCAGAGAUAUACUUUAAUCAUGUCCGCCAGACCGCUAUCCGCUCGAUUUGGAAGGGUUAUUGCCGCUACCCGUUGUCUCAACAGCAUAAGAACGAAGAAUGGACUGUCGCUGAGUUAACAAGGGCGCUGUAUUUUGACAACACUGACCAGACUAUCAAAUUUUGCGAAGAACAAGACUUGGAAUUUGCAGAGAAUGCAAAUGGCGACCUAUAUUUGAAUUGGGGAAGUCGCCCAAUUGACUCAGUCGAAUUCCGCAGAUCUUCGGACCAUACAUUUUCAGAGAAGUAUGUCGAGUCAAAGCGUGCAGGCCGAACAUUGGUCGCGAUUAUUCUCGGAUUGAAUGUCAAGCAAGCGGCACAGUUAGGAAUGAUCGACAGCUCACUUCUGCAAGAGCGCCCUCUUGCUUUGCCUGCGCCAAACACAGAGGCUUCUGCGGAAGAUGAGUCGCUUUUCGUCAGCGAUGAUGAUAACGAGAUACCGCGCUCCACUAGUCAAACAAGCGGGAGUUUUGCGCAGGAUGGAGUAGACCGCGACUCGCCGAUAUCUACAGAUAGCCUUGGCGGAGCCUUCGAGGAAACGUCGCAAACAUCGACUAUUACCGAGCCAAAGCCAGCGGGAGGCAUGUUCUCCCAGUCGUCAAAUACAUUUCAGCCCUCAUCAUUUUCACCUUCAUUUGCAACUGGUGGCUCACCUGGCGCUUUUACAGCGUCGGCGCCAUCUAACCCAUUUGCAGGUCUAUCUUCUCUCACAUCUUCAAAGACUCCGGAAACAACUAAUGGCAGUUCCCCCUUUUUUGUUGGGUCAAGCGCCCCACAGUCAACAUCUGUUUUCACCACAGAAUCAAGUCCGUUCGCCUCGCAGAAAGACGAAACUAGCACUUCUAAUACUACCAUCCCGGCCUUCCCCUUUAAAUCCCCCAGUCUCUUCCAGCCCAGUACUGCAUCAGCCACUCCGCCCUUUAGCUUUCCGACAACUUCAACCGAUAUCAAGUCUGACCAAACUGCUGGGCUGACUGCUGGCCAGUCUGCCAGUAUAUUUGAUACAAUCAAAGCACCUGUUCCCUCAGGGUCGCCUAGUGCCAUAUUCAAUAUCUCUGAUCAAAGCACAAACCCUAGCAAUGCAGGAAGUCAACUUCAGAUGGGUUCUCCGAAAGUCCCACAGCAGCCUUUUGCGCGGCCUUCAGCGAACUUUCCGUCCCCAUUUGCCACAAAUAACAACGAAACGCCUAAAUCCUACGUGCCGGAGUCAACUAUUGGACAACCAAGUCCCAUUGUUGAGAAGCCCCGAGAUAGCGAUAUAGGGCAAGAACGCCCUGGGGUGACAAUGCAGAAACCUUUUCCAGAGGGCGUAACUGAGCGCGAUACUCCGGACGACCUUAAUUCUUUACGCAGUAAUGAUGUCUCUCAUCAGGAGCAAGAGGCAUUUCCCUCAUUGCUAGAGAAGACCAAUCCCACAGAACUCACAGCUCCCGCGUCUACCGAGCCGAAUAUUCCGAGUACCUCGUCUCAUUUGCCUACAGAGCUUUCGGAGCCAUCUGUGGAUGAAGUUGUUUCCAUUGCCCCUGAUGUGAAUGAACGACGUAUGGCGUGGAUAGAAACUUUAAGAGAAGCAGCCAAUAAACGACGGAGGACUUCUUCGACAAGUCGCAAAAGAGCUCAUGAGGACCAAGAAGGAGGAGCAGCGAUAGUAAGCGGGUCUAAGGCACCAAAAGUAUCAAAACCAGAGAACCCCGUCCCUCGCAAAAAGUCCAUGGCGCUUUCAUCUAUCAAACCUCUACCGAAGCUUCCUAUCUUGGAACAAAUCGAGGCAAUGACGCGGAAGCCGACCGCCGAACCAAAACCCCAGCCUUCGAAGCUGAGUCAAGUUGACGAGGACGAGCUUCUUCUUUCUGCUGCACGUAUCGCCGCCGAGUCCCUUAGGAGCGGCCCAAAGCUCACCGGCAGUUGGUCUAAUGGGUCAUCUGAACCUCGACGCUCCUCUUUCAGCCCUCGGAGUAGUUUCGCGUCGUCGUUAUCCUUUUCCCGUAGCCAGUCGCCCCAAUCUUCUUUUGCGAACGGGUACGACCUUGCGCUUGCCCCUGAUACCGACCUUGGACUAGGCCGUACAUUGUCUCGGACUGAACAAAGGCUUCGCCUUACAGGUGGCAAAGGACUGGCGUAUAAGCCGCUAGACUUUACCCCUAAGAAGAAGCGAAAAUCCAAAUAGAGACAACUUGGCGAUCAGUAAAACCAUUACACGUUCAUAGAGAUCUCGAUCUCAUACGGUUGCAUGAUAUCGAUUAAUUUCGGCUCUUUCAAUAGAGCCUUCCGAGGUACAUAUCAUCUGUUUACUGGAAUGUAUUAUCUGCAUAGUGUGAUGGCGUUAAAGCGAAUACUGUGUCUUUUUCUGAUUUUCAAGGGUUGUUGCAUACUUUGGUCUCAAGCAUGGCGCAGGAAAGAUCAUAUACCUCGAUUUAUUCUGGAUCUUAGCGAGUGGAACGCAAAUGUUCCCACCUUCAGUCUAGG